GUUUCUGUCAUCUGCCCUAAGAAGAAACCUGACCAGAAACCCCCAAACACCACAGUGCGCAAGAGCGAAUUGGCCGCUGCUACCGGAAGAGGAAUCGAAAAUCGAUUUGCAGAAGAAAAAAAAAGUAACUGUAAAUGAACCCUCAUACGGUGCCGUAUCACCAGCCGACCACACUGGAAGAAGUCCGAACCCUCUGGAUUGGGGAUUUGCCUUACUGGGCUGACGAGAAUUACCUCCGCGGCUGGUUCUCGCACACCGGCGAGGUACUCUCGAUUAAAGUCAUUAGGAACAAACUAACGGGUCAGCCCGAGGGUUACGGAUUUGUGGAAUUUACUAACCAUCAAGUAGCCGAAAGCGUUCUUCAGUCCUAUAAUGGAACACAAAUUCCGGGUACUGAACUAACAUUCAGGUUGAAUUGGGCGUCUUCUGGAAUAGGAGAAAGGCGUCCAGAUGGGGGCACUGAGCACUCUAUUUUUGUUGGGGAUUUAGCGCCAGAUGUUACGGAUUAUCUAUUGCAGGAAACUUUUCGAACAAGCUAUUCAUCAGUUAGAGGGGCCAAGGUCGUCACAGAUACUAAUACUGGGCGUUCCAAGGGAUACGGGUUUGUUAAGUUUAUUGAUGAGAUGGAAAGGAACCGAGCAAUGGUUGAGAUGAAUGGUGUCUAUUGCUCGACCAGGCCCAUGAGAAUUAGUGCAGCAGCUCCUAAGAAAACAUCGACUGUCCAACAGUAUGCAGCAACUAAAGCAGUAUAUCCAACGCCGAUGUACACCGCGCCAGUUCAGACCGUUCCAGUGGAUAACGAUAUAAAUAACACUACUGUCUUUGUGGGUAGUCUGGAUCCUAAUGUAACUGAAGAAGAACUGAAGCAAAUAUUCAUGCAAUUUGGGGAUAUUGUCUAUGUCAAGAUCCCAGUAGCCAAAGGCUGUGGCUUUGUGCAGUUUGCUGCAAGGACAUCUGCAGAAGAAUCAAUCCAGAGGAUGCAAGGUACUGUGAUUGGGCAGCAGGUUGUCCGUCUUUCUUGGGGAAGAUAUCCAACACCAAAACAGGAUAUAAGUGGUGCCUGGGGUCAAUCGGCAGAUCCAAAUCAAUUGAGUGCUUAUUAUGCUUAUGGACAAGGCUAUGAUGCCUAUGCUUAUGGAGCCGCUCAGGAUCCUUCAGCGUAUGCAUAUGGUGCAUAUGCUGGUUAUGCGCAGUAUCCUCAUCAGGCGGAAGGGGCUCAGGACAUGGCCGCUUUAUCAGGUGUUGCUCCACAUACGGAACACACAGAGGAAAUUUAUGAUCCUUUGGCUACACCGGAUGUUGACAAGUUAAAUGCUGCCUACCUUGCAGUUCAUGCGAAUGCAAUUCUGGGAAGGCCAUUGUGGCAGAGCACCACUUCACUGCCACAACAAAGUUAGACAUCUUUCUUUGUUUCCGAUUUUCCAGCAGAGUCUUGGUUGCAAGGAAGAAAAUUAUAUAGUUCACUUCAGAAAAUAUUAGAUUGUCGUACGUUCUUUACAGAGUUAUAACCUUCUUGAUGUUACAGAUAUUGUCGGUGUUAAGACAUUAGUUAUUGUAAUGUUUAAUUUUUAAGUAGCCUCUUUUUUGCUUGCAUUGUAGAAUUAGAACAGUGGACUAUUACGAUGAUUUUGUGGUUGUAAUAACGUAUAUUGUUCGAGGAUUUUGGAUUUAAUGUGGAUAGGUUUGAUUUAUUAA